UUUUGAAACUUCACCGGCAAAUCCCUGAAACGCUAAACACUAUUGUCACCAUGCAACUCUCUCACUGCCUUCCUACCAAAAACCUCUCAUGGACGCCACGUGUCCAUCACCGUCGCCAUUCUCCACCAACCUCCGCCGUCAGAUUCUCCCCGAUCUCCUCCGCCGUUACGGUAUCUCCUCCGAAACAUCAAAAGACUCACUCAAUGCCACCCGAAAAGCAAGAAGUGUUCAAAUCAAUGGAAAACUGGGCCACCGAAAAUGUAUUACCUCUGCUCAAACCAGUCAAAGAUUGCUGGCAACCGCAGACCUUUUUGCCGGAUCCGGCAUUACCAUUGGAAGAGUUCAACGACCAAGUGAAGGAGCUGAGAGAACGCAUGGCAGAGCUGCCGGAUGAUUAUUUCGUGGUGUUGGUCGGAGAUAUGAUAACGGAGGAGGCAUUGCCGACGUAUCAGACGAUGAUCAAUACGUUGGAUGGGGUGAAGGAUGAGACAGGGGCUAGCUCUAGUCCGUGGGCUGUUUGGACACGGGCUUGGACGGCGGAGGAGAACCGGCACGGCGAUUUGUUGAGGAAUUAUCUGUAUUUGUCAGGGAGAGUUAAUAUGUUCAUGAUUGAGCGGACUCUGCAAUAUCUGAUCGGCGCUGGAAUGGACCCUGGAACCGAAAACAACCCAUACUUGGGCUUCGUCUACACCUCAUUCCAAGAGCGAGCUACCUUUGUAUCCCACGGUAACACCGCUCGUUUAGCCAAGGAAGGUGGCGACCCAGUCUUGGCACGCAUAUGCGGCACCAUUGCGGCGGACGAGAAACGCCAUGAAAUGGCCUACUCAAAGAUAGUCGGCAAACUACUCGAAAUCGACCCGACUGGAGCAAUGCUAGCAAUCGGCGAUAUGAUGAAGAAAAAGAUAACAAUGCCAGCUCACUUGAUGUUCGACGGCGAAGACCCACGGUUGUUUGAGCACUUCGCCGCCGUGGCACAGCGGAUAGGAGUGUAUACGUCGGAUGAUUACGCUGAUAUAGUGGAGGCAUUGAAUGAAAGGUGGGGAUUGGAGAAGUUGGAAGGGUUGAGGGAUGAAGGGAGGCGAGCGCAGGAAUUUGUGUGCAACUUAGCGCCUAGGAUUAGGAAAUUACAAGAACGAGCAGAGGAGAGGGCUAAGAAAAUGGGGCCUCAAGCAGUGAAGUUUAGCUGGAUUUUCAAUAGGGAGAUUACAUUGUAGAAUGAACCAAGCACUCAACUUCACUCUUUUUCUUUCUUUAUUUCCUUUCUUUCUUGUCUGUUUAGGGUGCAAGUAAUAGGUAAAAAUGUAGAGUAUGUUUUUGUUUGGCUUAUAUCUCACAAAUGAAUAAUAUAUGAAAUUUUAAAAAAUA